GAUCCCAAACACCAACUCUUGAUUGGCUUUACUUGCGAAGUAUGCAAAGAACGAUCGCACCAUGUCAUGUCGAAAGUGGCAUAUACCAAGGGCGUGGUCCUUAUUGAAUGUCCCGGUUGUAAGAAUCGCCACUUGAUUGCCGAUAACUUGGGCUGGUUCCGCGAUCAAACAACAACGGUGGAAGAUUUAGUCAAGGAAAAGGGAGAAGGCAUUCGUAAAGUGAUCGUGGACAAGGACGGUAAUGAGCACGUAGGCGAUAUCAUGGAAUGGUUGCCGGAUAUCAGUGUAGAGGAACGCAUCAAGAAGGAUGCAGCGAAACAAGAAGCUGAAAAACUGCGU